AUGAAAGGUCUCAUGCCACUUACACUGUCUGCCUCAGCCUCGAGUUACACAAGCUCGACUUUUCCUCAAGACAGCUUGGAGCAGAGAAUCGACGACUACUUACCCGAACUGCUCGCCCGCGAUUUAGAACUUGGCAGUGACAUAUUCGCUGCCAAAAGCAUGACUGCCGGCGCGCCUUCACACUCGGUCACCGCCGAGUACAUGGCGCGAGCCAAGGCGUCUGGGCGAUUGACUAAUCGACUCGAAAUGGCCUGGGAGUAUCAACCAGCAUCCUCUCGGGUCCAAGUCUUGGGAUCUAUUGAAGAACGGGAUUCAAUUGCAACUUUUCUCGAGCGGCAGAGUCAGCAGCAUUAUCUCCACAACGAAUAUCCAGAUCUAUCCGACGUUGAAAGCUUCUCCAGUGAGGACAAUUCAUCCGGCAUGCCCCCGCCAUCGUUUCGAUACCACCGAAACAUGUCCAUAGUUACAGAGGCUACGUCCUUGACCGAUUCAGUAUGGAAACCAUCUCCGCAGCCUUCACCGCGGCCUCUAGAACCUUCCCGCUGCAACUGGAUCGACGGCGACUCGGACGAGGACUCUGAAAUUGACCAAGAAUCGGUCUUUGGGCAAGAAGGACAGGAAAAUCCUUCACCAAGACCGCCUACGCCAUUCAGAGUGGUGAACAAUGAAAGCCCUCUACUCAAUUGCGAAGAAUCCGCUGCCGCGGCCCGCCGCCGAUUUCUUCACAGAAAGUCGCAUUCACUUACUGAAGUCCCGACCAGUGAAGCAUUCAUACGGGCAGUGAGAUUGAGACAUGCCGCAGGAGAUUUACUGCCCACUAAGCCGGCUGAUGGCACAAACACGAUUACACAAGAGUUUCAGCGAGACACAUUGCCGGGCCACCUGAACGCCGAGCAACCAGGCCGCGCCUCACCCGUCCCUCAAUCAACACCACGAGUUGUUGAGCAAAAACAUCGCCAAAGAAAAUCGCGAUCGACCGAAGAGGGCCUCAGAAGACGACCACGCACCGCUGCCGCUGCCAGCGCUUGCCCACCGGCACCUCGACUGGAAUCACCUCCAAUGAGCGAAAGCUGUGCUUCCGAGACAGAGUCUGAGCAAGACAAUGUGUAUAGCACAAAACGACCAAUUCAGAGGGGCCUCAACGAGACGGACUACUCUAGAACAACUCCUCCAGAGUCGCCGCGUCGCAAUUUUGUGACAUUGGCGCACUCGGCGGCGCCGUAUGUCCUCAACUUUGGGGGCGACGAGCUCGCAAGAGUAGUGCCGCUGCCGCCGGAUGUGAUUGAGACGCUGCGAGUCUCGGUGGCGUGCUUCCCCGAGACAAUUCUUCUCUCGUCUAGCCUAACCAUUGAUACGAUUCGAUCGUACUCGAAGAAGAUGAGACACCCCGAGACAGACUUUAUGAGACUCUCAUCUCCCGAAGAAAGCGCCAAAAAGUCACUCUGGAGCAAGGUGAAUCCCCUCAAGAGAGCAGCGUCGUCAAAGAAUCUACGACACAACGCCCUGCACUCGGCCAAUGAAAGCCGCGCCGGCAGCAUCGGUGGCGCGGACGCGCAAAAGGCCUGGAGCGCAAUACAAAAUGUCUUUGGCACAUGCUCCGAGUACAUUUGCGAUGCCCUCUUUGCCCACAUCAUGGCAUACAACUACGUGUCGGCGCUGCUUGCUCGAAGCGCCGCCACAUCCACGUCAGCCUCGUCGAGCCUCGUCAGGCGCCACCCAAGCUGCCGCCGCGUGGGCGGUCCAUCGGCGGCCGACCAGAAGCAGGACGACAUUCCUAAAAAGGCUGCGUCCCUUCUCGGCCUGGGCAGCCACGGCAUUGAGCCUGCCGGUGCGGGAGCGCGCCAAACCCCCCGCCUCGCCCGACGCACCAGCAACAUGACCAUGACGGCGUCGUCGCACUCGCGCCCCUGGUCGCGCGACGAGCUACUGCCCUGCCAACUGGCCCCGAGUGCGGUACACGAAGCCCCCGUGCGCACCGUGCACGAGGGCUUGUACAAGUGCAUUGUGCGACUCAUCGCCACGGCCCGUCUCAUGUCUGCGAGUGGACGGACAGAGGCGCCCAUCACCGAGGCCGACGCCACCGAUGCGGACGCCCUGUUUCUGAGAAGUCUCUGCGAGAUUGUGCGACUUGUCGAGGAGACGCCGUAA